AUGUCGGACACUGAGGAGCAGGAAUACGAGGAGGAGCAGCAAGAAGAAGAAGAGGCUGCUGAAGAGGAUGAAGCCCCCGAGGAGCCGGAGCCUGCGGCCGAGCGAGAAGAGGAACGCCCCAAACCCAGUCGUCCUGUGGUGCCCCCACUGAUCCCCCCAAAGAUCCCAGAAGGGGAACGCGUGGACUUCGAUGACAUCCACCGGAAGCGCAUGGAGAAGGACCUGCUGGAGUUGCAGACGCUCAUCGACGUGCACUUCGAGCAGCGGAAGAAAGAGGAGGAGGAGCUGGUGGCGCUGAAGGAGCGCAUUGAGCGCCGCCGAGCCGAGAGAGCCGAGCAGCAACGCUUCCGGACCGAGAAGGAGCGGGAACGGCAGGCCAAGCUGGCGGAGGAGAAGAUGCGGAAGGAAGAAGAGGAGGCCAAGAAACGAGCAGAGGACGAUGCCAAGAAGAAGAAGGUCCUGUCCAACAUGGGGGCCCAUUUUGGGGGUUACCUGGUCAAGGCUGAGCAGAAGCGGGGUAAGCGCCAGACCGGGCGGGAGAUGAAACAGCGGAUCCUGUCUGAGCGUAAGAAGCCCCUGAACAUCGACCACCUGGGCGAAGACCAGCUCCGAGCAUGGCCUGACUCCCCUCCGUCACAGCCCUUUCGCCCCACCAGGGAUAAGGCCCAGGAGCUGUCCGACUGGAUCCACCAGCUGGAGUCGGAGAAGUUUGACCUGAUGGCGAAGAUGAAGCAGCAGAAAUAUGAGAUCAACGUGCUGUACAACCGCAUCAGCCACGCCCAGAAGUUCCGGAAGGGGGCAGGGAAAGGCCGCGUGGGAGGCCGCUGGAAGUGA